AGACCAUUAUAAAAACAAAAAAAUCAACACACCUUGUUUGUCAAUUUUCCGAAAGUCAUUUCUUCCGUCAAUUUUUUUCUGUUGCUUUGUUACAACAAUCACAUAAUGGACCUUGAAGAUGCCGAUCCCGUCGAAGACUUGUCUAUUAAGCAAAGACAAGUCAUCGUCGAAAGAAACUUGAGCUUCAACGAAACCACCAAAAAGUGGCAUUGGUCUCCACCUAGGACAAUAGAAUACCACAGGCGUGACCACCGGGAGACUCUAGACCUGCUGAAGAAACUAAUUCAGUGCCCGGACCUGCAAGGCCAGAAGUAUCCACUCUCCAGAAAACCGCCCCAUGGAACCGAUAAAAGGGUUCCGCUGCCUAAAACCGUCAAGAACGAAGUCACACAAGAGAACAUCAAACUCAUUGGAGAACUGCUUGAAAGUGGAGACCUCCAAGUGGAACACAUUGCUCCCCUACGACCCAUGCCCAAACCCUUACCCCUAGCCCUCAACUCCCUAAAAACUGACUCUGGUGUCGAAUCCAUGUUCUCGUUCGGCAGCACCCUAGACCCCAAACCCCCCAAAUUCGAACUCAUGGAAACCUACCUCACACCCAACAAAAACAACAAAAAGUGGGUCAAAGCCAAACUUAUCCACGUCGGCGAAAACGUCGUCCACCUCGCCGACAACCAAACCUUCAACGACAUAAUAACCACCAAAAAAAACAUAGCCUACCCUGAACCACCCACCCGAGUCCUAGAGGUUGGCAGCCGUGUCGUGGCUUUGAAAAAGCAACUGUCGACCACCGGCGAACUGUCACGAGGACGACGCAAGCACGAAAAGGGCGUGGUUAUGGAAUUUCCAACCAACCAGAACCUACACAGAUAUUUGGUGGUUUUUGACGACGGCGACUGGGCUUACGUGAAGCCGGAUGAAGUGUGGCUUCUGUGUUAUCAAAGUCCGAGGGUUUGGGACGACGUACCUGAGGAAAAUAAGCACAUCGUGAGGUACUUUUUACACGGGUUGUACCAAGCAAUAACGGACUUCGAAAAGGGUGAUUUGGUCGUGUACGAAAUGAAACCCAAUGAUUACCAACAUGGCGUCGUUAUAAAAGUUGACGUUUCUAUCUUGUACGUGUGGUUUUUUGAGUAUUGUAAAUGCAUGGUUAUUUAUAAAGGUCUUGCAAGUUUUAGAGGUUGUUGA